GUGGACGAUUCGCGAUACCUGUUCUUACCAAGUCGCCGAUGGAUGCCGGAUGGAGCUGGGAUGGUGGGGGUUUGGCUGACGUCUAAGGUGGCACCCAAUCCGAUUACAGCCGGACAGGGAUUUUGAGACAAGAUCGCUGCAAGAGCUCUGGCCAUGCUCGCCAUGUUUUCCCCUGCCAGCCCUGGCACAUCUGGCCUUGGCGUGAAGUUGCCGGUUCCUCCCGGCAAAAAGCUCGCGAUUUGAACUUCGAGCUGUGCUUUAUCAAUCAACAACUCCAACAACUUCGGAGCUGGCCCUUGCAACCAGCGCCAUUAUGCCGCCGUCGUUGGCCCUUCAAAGGGCGCUGGUUCGGAGCCCGGGUCUCCGAUCGCAGCCAGCAAAGGCGCCGUCAAUAUGUCUGUUCUGUUCCUUCACACCACGAAUCUCGCCCUCCUCUCCGUCGCCAAUCCUCCGACCUAGCCGAAAACCACUCGUAUCCCUCCCCGAAAUCCACCGCCGCUCUCAUACUGCGUCCCCAUCUCUCAAUAGCAAAACGCGCCAAGACCUCUAUCGCGCCCUCCUCGACCUGCAAACCCACGGCCCAAAUUACGUCAACCUUCCCCGCUUGCAGCUCGCCCUGCGCAACCUCUCCGAACCGCCAGGCCACGAGUCCGUCCGCGUCGCCUUCCUCAGCGUCUCGACCGGAACUGCUUCCAGCAACAACAACAAGAGCUCCACAACGGCCAAACGCCUCCUGCGCCUGGCUCUCGCCGACCCGCUCACGCCCGCGGCAGAAUGGGAGGUGCAGCUCGAAGCGCACGACGUGCGACGGCACCCGCUGAUUGUACGUGUUGCUGGGAAAGCACAGGAGGAGGAAAGGGACGGGACGGUCACGGUCGCCAGCAUCAAGGAGCACGUGAUCCCCGAGCUGCGGGUAUCGACGCCGUUGCUGAGGGGCGCCGGGGUGGAGAUGCUUGUUGCCGAGGUAGCGGCGGCGCUGCCGUCACCUGGUGGGAAGGCUGUUGUUGACGAUGCUUUGCUGGUGCCGAUGGUGGAUGUGGCUGCUACGACGGCGGGGCAUGUGGCGGCGGUUGGGACGCCGGUGCACAUGGCGGUGUUGGUUGGGGACGGGAUGCUUGGGGCGGCGGCGAUUUUGGGAAUGCCUGUUGUGCAGGGAUGGGAUGUGAUCAUGGGCGCGGUCAACUUUACCAGGGUUGGAAAGGAGGACUUGGCGGACUGCCCGCUGGUUGCGGUCAACGUGGAUGCUGGCCGUGAAGCGUUGGAGCUGUUCCGCGCGGACGUCGGAAAUGCCAUGAAGUUCAAGGCGCUGUGGUCAGAAGCAAACGUUGGCCGCAUCAGUGAGUGGCUGCAGAAGAGCGUGUUGUCAGGUGGGGAGGGGUUCACGAAGACGCCUGUCCGGAACUUGAUCGACUCCCUGUUGCGGAAUGCGAGGGCGGCCGUUCAGGAGGAACAGGCGCGCGACUUGGCGACCGAGUCACAAACAGAAGUUUCACCUGUUGCGAUCGCCGACCUGGACAAAGCUCUGGCAGAAUGGGCACAGAACGCCCAUGAGGAACUACAGCAGCAGCUGGAUCUUGCCUUCUCCACCAGGCCCUGGAGCAAGCUCGGGUGGUGGAAGCUAUUCUGGCGAGCCGAUGAUGUGGGCAUGAUGACGUCGGAAAUGGUGGCGCUGCGGUUCCUCCCAGAAGCAGAAAAGGCCAUGAUCUAUCUCGCCGGCCGCAUGCAGGAGGCUGGCAUCGCCGAGGGCCAGCAAGGACAACCACUGUACGCGGGACCAGCCUUGCCUCAGUCGUCGACGGGGACCGAGAGACAAGACACAGUCGCACCCAACAUCGUCGCCAAAUGGCCGACUCACAUCCCAUUCACGAGAAACUAUCUGCAGGAGAAGACCGUCCCGGCCCUGCAAGCGCUCGCGCAGAAACUUGUUGUGCAAGCCGCCAGCCUAUCCGGCUUGAGCACUGCUCUCGCGGGGCUAUCGUACCUCUCAUCGCUCGGGGCAUACGAGUGUGGUGCGAUCGCGGCGCUGGGCAUUGCUUUGAGCUUUAGGCGCUUCCAGGGGAAGUGGGACGCGGCCAGAGAAUACUGGGAAGAGGAGGUGCGCGAAGAGGGUCGCAAGGCGAUCCGCGCAACAGAAGCCAGCGUGGCCGAGGUGUUGAAUCAGGCGGGCAAGACGCCCGACCCUCGGGGUGACCGGACUGCACACCUAGAAGAGUUGAAUAUGGUCGAGGAAAUCAUCAAACGAGCGGAAGAGGCGUUCGCGCAGAUGAAGUAGACUUGGCAAGCAUAAUCCGCCGUGUAUAACAUGUACUCUACAUGAUUUUGGAGACAUGACAGUCUCCAGGCUCGCCUCGGUCCCGGGCUUGGGUAAGGCUUGCGUCAGCCCUGAACGUAGAAUUACCCAUAUCUAGAGAGCAAGACAUGAUACGUACCCUUGCCAGUCGGGGUGACAAACUCUCGACC